CAGAAGCAGUAGAGACGAUAAAAUAAUACUAAAAAAAGCUGAAGGUGUACACAGCUUAGUAUAAUUAUAAUUAUAUUUAUAUUCAACAACAUUAAAUACAUUCUAGAACAUAUUUUUUUUAAAAACCAUGAGUGGAUCAGAAAUUGCCGCCGAAAAUGUCAAAAUCGACACCUCAAAACUCACCCCAUUAUCACCUGAAGUAAUUUCCAAGCAAGCCACAAUCAACAUUGGUACCAUUGGUCAUGUAGCCCACGGUAAAUCUACUGUUGUCAAGGCCAUUUCUGGUGUUCAGACCGUUCGUUUCAAGAAUGAGAUGGAAAGAAAUAUUACCAUUAAGCUUGGUUACGCAAACGCAAAGAUCUACAAAUGUGAGAACGAAGCAUGCCCUCGCCCUGGAUGUUACAAAUCAUAUGGCUCCUCCAAGGAGGAUCAUCCUAUGUGUGAACGUGUUGGUUGCGGUAGUAAGAUGAAGUUGGUCAGACACGUUUCAUUUGUCGAUUGCCCAGGUCACGACAUUCUCAUGACUACCAUGUUGUCCGGUGCCGCUGUCAUGGACGCAGCACUUUUGUUGAUUGCCGGAAACGAAUCUUGCCCUCAACCCCAGACCUCAGAGCAUUUGGCUGCUAUUGAGAUCAUGAAGUUAAAGCAUGUCAUUAUCUUGCAGAACAAGGUUGAUCUUGUCAAGGAAAAGGCUGCACAGGAACAGCAUGAAGAUAUUCUUGCAUUCGUUAAGGGUACCGUUGCUGACGGCGCACCAAUUAUCCCCAUCUCUGCUCAGCUCAAGUAUAACAUUGACGCCAUCAACGAAUAUAUUACCAAGAAGAUUCCCGUACCUGUCCGUGACUUCACUGCUGUUCCCCGUCUUAUUGUCAUUCGUUCUUUCGAUAUUAACAAGCCAGGUGCUGAUGUUAACCAUCUCCAGGGUGGUGUUGCAGGUGGAUCAAUUUUAAAGGGUGUUUUGAAGAUUGGAGAUGAGAUUGAGGUGCGCCCUGGCGUAAUUAUCAAGGAUCAAGAAGGCAAGAUCAGAGCAAGACCUAUUCUUUCCAAGAUCUUGACUCUUGCUGCAGAAACAAACAAGCUCGAAUUUGCCGUUCCCGGUGGUUUGAUCGGUGUUGGUACCCAGAUGGAUCCCACACUCUGCCGUGGUGAUCGUCUUGUCGGUCAAGUUCUUGGUUUCCCCGGAACUCUUCCUUCAAUUUACACUGAGCUUGAGAUCUCUUACUUCUUGUUGCGCCGUCUUUUGGGUGUAAAGACUGAUGACAAGAAGCAGGCCAAGGUUGCCAAGCUCACCAAGGGUGAAUUGCUCCUGGUUAACAUUGGUUCAGUCUCCACCGGUGGCCGUGUUGUUGGUGUUAAGGCUGAUCUUGCCAAGAUUGUCUUGACCGGUCCCACAUGUACUGAGGUUGGUGACAAGGUCGCAAUUUCCAGAAAGAUCGAGAGACACUGGCGUCUUAUCGGUUGGGGUAAGAUCAAGCGUGGUACUGUCUUGGAGGCCGAGGCAAAUUAAAUAUAAAAUAUUUUUUAUAAUUAAUAAAAGCAACUUUCAUUUUGGUUUUUUUUUUCUC